CGGGGUUGUCUCGUCACCUGUCCAGAUUUGGACUAAAGGGCCUGCUGAGUGUCAAGGGAGACAACACAAAGACAGAAUCACUGUCACAAAUCACCAUAAUCUCUCCACUCCUCUUCUGUGUCUAAAGCAUCAGAAUAGUGGUGUGAGGAAAUGGCAAGUCACAGGGACCCUCGCUUUCUGCACAACCUGUCCUACCACCCACGAUGGCAGCAUGACUUAGGAAAAGUGAAGAGAAAAAGACAUAUGCAGACAGUGGUUACAAACAGUUGCAGUGGAUAUAGUCUGGAUAAAUCAUUAGCAGCUUCAUCAUCGUCAUCAGGGCCAUUGUCAUCAAAACCACAGUUACUAUCGUCCCCUGUGCAACGCUACAGGAGCUGUUGGGGAAACUGGUUUCUUCUGCCCUUACUCAUAGUCUCAUUACUACCCUGUCAAGCUUGGGGGACCACCUUCAAGGUGGCCCUGGUUGGACCCUGGACAUGUGACAUGUUAUACUCUAAAGCCCUCCCUGACUUGGCAGCCCGCCUUGCCACCACUCGCAUAAACAAGGACCCUUCCCUCAACAAAGGCUACUGGUAUGACUACACACUGAUUAAUGAGGACUGCAAGUCCUCCCGUGCCCUUGCUCGCUUUGCGGAGCUGAAAGGUUAUGGUGCUGCUUUCCUGGGCCCCGCCAAUCCAGGCUACUGCUCCUCAGCUGCUUUGUACGCAAAAGAGUGGGAUAUUGGGAUUCUUUCCUGGGGUUGCCUCAAACCACACAUGAAAAGAGGAGAAAUGUACCCCACCUUCCUGCAGCCGCUGCCACUGUCCUCCAAUGUACUCUUCGCUGUGUUGCGGUACUUUCAUUGGGCCCAUGUGGCCAUAAUUUCGGAGGAGACAGACAUCUGGGAAUCCACAGGACAGGAGCUGGCCUCAUCACUGAGGGCCCUUGGCCUGCCUGUCAACCCUGUGGUCACUAUGGGGGACGACAAGGAUGGGCCUCGGAGGGCCCUAACAAAAGUACGGGAAGCAGACCGGGUCAGAGUGGUCAUUAUGUGCAUGCCUUCUGUCCUGAUUGGUGGCCAAUCCCAGUACCAACUUCUGACAACAGCCUUGGCCAUGCGUAUGAUCGACCGUGGCUAUGUGUUCAUCCCCUACGACACCCUGCUCUAUGCGUUACCCUAUGAGGAUGCACAUUACUAUUCGCUAGGCAAUGACACCAAGCUGCGGAAAGCCUAUGACGGGGUCCUCACCAUCACAAUGGACUCCGGAGAACGCAAUUUCUAUGAGGCCUUCAAAGAUGCUCAGGACAGCUAUGAAAUUCGCAGCAGCACCCCACCAGAGCAGGUUUCUCCAUUUUUUGGCACCAUCUACAACAUGAUGUACUACAUAGCUAUGGCUGCUGAGCAGGCCCGUGUCAAUGAAGGCCGUUGGGUAACUGGUCAGAUCCUAGGUAACAGCAAGGGUGGCUUUGAAUUUAAAGGCUUUAAUCAGCUCUUGAGGGCCGGCAGGAAUGGCGAAGGUAUGCAGGCUCGCUAUGUAGUGCUGGACUACAGUGGCAUGGGCACCACUCUCUACUCCACUCAUAUUCUGGCGGCUGCUCAUACAGAUGGCAAGACCGGGGGCUUGAAAUACCUCAGUCGUUCGAUCCAUUUUGCAGGCAGCACGCCCUACACAGACUCAAGCUGCUGGUUUAGCCCAUACUUUGCCUGUAGUGGAGGCAUAGAUUCAGUCUCUCUCUUCAUUCUGUUCUUUGUGUUCAUUUUAUUGGCUGGACUUGGAGUUAACUUUCUUAUGGGUGUCAAAAAAGGCAGGGUUGGGCUCAGCUUUGGAAGUGGUAACGGUGGAUCAAAGAAGAUAGUUCUGACCCUGGAUGACCUGGUCUUCAUCAACACUCAAGUCAGCAAACGGAAGAUCAAUGACGAAAGUAUCUUGAGAAGCCAGCUGGAUGUGAAGACCCCUCAACACUCGGUGUCUGGUCGCAGCUACUUGGCCUCCUCUCCAGAAAGAUCCAACGUUGCCGUGUUUGAGGGUGACUGGGUUUGGUUGAAGAAAUGUCCCGCUGGAGCAGUGUCGGGUGUCAACAGCGACACUGAGUUUGUCUUUGUCAAGCUCAGAGACAUGAGGCAUGAGAACCUCAAUCUGUUCCUCGGACUGUUCUUCGACUCUGGGAUCUUUGGUGUUGUGACUGAGCACUGCACCAGGGGCAGCUUGGAGGAUCUGCUCGGCAACGAGGAAGUGCGUCUCGACUGGAUGUUCAAGUCUUCCCUGUUAAUAGAUCUGAUUCGAGGAAUGAAGUACCUGCACAAUCGUGACGUCGUCCACGGGCGGCUCAAGUCCCGUAACUGUGUGGUGGACGGACGCUUUGUAUUGAAGGUGACGGAUUAUGGGUUCAACGAAAUUUUGAUUUCCCAGAGCAUUGAGAGUGACGAUGGAAAGCCAGAGAAUCUGCUUUGGACGUCUCCUGAGCUGCUGCGAAGUUCCAGUCUGAGGAGGAAGGGCACUUUGGCCGGAGAUGUCUACAGCUUCGCCAUCGUUGCGCAGGAGGUCAUCUGUCGCUGUACACCUUUCUGCAUGCUGGACAUGCCUGCCAAAGAGAUCAUCAGCAAGGUCAAAGAGCCUCCUCCGCUGUGUCGGCCUGUUGUGUCCGUUGACGAGGCCCCACUGGACGUGAUACAGAUUGUAAAACAGGCCUGGAGUGAGGAUCCUGAUAAGAGGCCGACAUUUGAGGAGAUCUUCAAACAGUUCAAGAGCAUCACCAAGGGAAAGAAGACCAACAUCAUCGACUCUAUGCUGCGCAUGUUGGAACAGUACUCCUCCAACUUGGAGGAUCUGAUUAGAGAGAGGACAGAGGAGCUGGAGGUGGAGAGACAGAAGACUGACCAACUUGUGGCUCAGAUGUUGCCCAAGUCUGUGGCCCAGGCGUUGAAGACAGGGAAGCCCGUUAAACCCGAGCACUUCAGCGAGGUCACGCUGUACUUCAGUGACAUCGUGGGCUUCACCACCAUCUCUGCCCUCAGCGAGCCCAUCGAGGUGGUCGACUUACUCAAUGACCUCUACACACUCUUUGAUGCUAUCAUUGGACUGCAUGAUGUCUACAAGGUGGAAACUAUCGGAGAUGCCUACAUGGUAGCCUCAGGAGUCCCCAAUAGGAACGGCAACCGCCAUGCAGCUGAGAUGGCCAACAUGUCUCUUGACAUCCUCCACUGCAUUGGGACCUUCAAGAUGAGGCACAUGCCUGAGCUAAAAGUCAGGAUCCGCAUUGGCCUGCACUCUGGCCCAGUGGUAGCAGGAGUAGUGGGUCUCACGAUGCCUCGAUACUGUCUGUUUGGAGACACUGUGAACACAGCAUCUCGAAUGGAGUCCACAGGGUUGCCUUACAGAAUCCAUGUCAACCAAAGCACAGUUGAUAUCCUGAACAGCUUGAAGCUGGGAUACAAAAUUGAUGUCAGAGGCUUGACAGAGUUAAAGGGAAAAGGGAUUGAGAACACAUUUUGGUUGGUAGGGCGGGAGGAUUUCACCAAGCCUCUGCCUAUUCCUCCAGACACUCAAGGGGGAAGCAAUCAUGGUAUCAGUUUAGAAGAGAUACCUGUUGACAGAAGACAAAAGUUCUUGGAUCGACAGAAGAAGAUGGGCUAGUGUUUUUUUUUUAACAAAUGUCCCAGAAUGAAAACUGAUAUUUUUCAUUGAAAGAAUACACAGAUGUAUUAAUGAAAGGUUGAACAUGCCAUAAUACCCUAUAAUUUGUGCUACGCUCAAAGUUAAAUGCAGCACCAGUGACACUGGAAAUCAUUUCUAUGCUAAAAUAAUCUUUCAUUCUCUUCAUUCACAGUUUUAGCACAUCUGUGCCACAAAGAAAAAAACAACUCCAAGAUGCAAAAAAUUAGCCAAAAACAUUACAUUACAUUACAGCGUGAUAUGCAUAUCAAGGUUGACUUACAGGUCUAAAAUAUGUUGAUUUAGAGGACAGCAAUUGCCUAACAAGAAGGGACUGUGAUGGGUGUAUCUACAAAAAUCGCAGUAUCAUUUGUAAUACCGGUGUACUUCAUGUACUGUAUGUAUUUGUACUGAUCUUUGUGCUUUGGAGAGAUUUUAUAAUGAACACCCCAAGGGUGGAAGCUUUUACUGCUCGACCAUUCAUCUCUGGUAUAAUAGUCUAUGCUGCACUCACUUUAGAAGCAUUAGCCUUUUACAACAACACAGAAUUAAUACAUUAAAACAUUUUCACAGUAACUUAAGCUGGAAAGCACUGGGCAGGUCAGUCAGGGUUGAGAGCUCAGGUCUGGAAUAUCUCUGAUUUUGCUUUUGUGGCAGCAUUGCUGGGA